AUGUCCAUGCAGUCCGGACGCAACGGCCCCCGGUCCAAAAGCGGCUGUAGUACCUGCCGCCGCCGCAAGGUUAAAUGCGGUGAAGAAAAACCAGUCUGCAGGCGCUGCUCUUCUCUGCGUCUCAAUUGCGAAUGGGGAGUCCCUGUUAAAAGAGGGCGCAGUACUCAAAUUCGCAACCUAGAACCCGCUCCAAUCGCUUCCGAGUCAUAUCCGACGUGCCCGGCGCCGAAAGUCGAGGAGCUCGUCGAUUUUCAACCAGAUGUCUUUUUUUCGAGCCUUUCGCCAGUCUCAUGGGCUGGUGAUAUCUUACCGCUAGAUGCGCCCCAAUUACCAACGUUCUACCCUCCCGCGACCAUCGCGUCCCCUAUAUACCCUUCGUUAAACAUUGAUAAUAUCGCCUGCGCAAAUUCGUUGACGCUCAACUCCCUUGAUCGCCAAUACUUCCAAUACUUCCCGUCCUCCUCUCUCGUUUACUAUUAUAUGAAGGGUUGGAAAUGGAGCAGUUUUUGGUUAGCCCCCACUAAUCGAAUACCUCGAACCAACAGUCACCUAUACGAAGGCCCUGCCUCAUCCAACAAAGUGAUCAUGCGAAUGAUACUGGCAAUCGCUGCCUGCGACAUGCACCAUAACGGACUGGCUGUGCGCUCCCCGGGCCGACCAACCGCAGAUAACCAUGGGCGAUACCACUAUGGCUUAGCAGUGAAAGAAUUCAGGCAAUUACUCGAGACCCCACGCCAAGUCUCUUUGGAUGAGGUAGAAACGGUUUUCGCUACAGUUUUCCUGAUGAUUGCAUGGGAAUGGCAGUUCGGACACUCUGUGCGCCAUCUUCAACUUCAUCUUCAAGGGGUGCGAUCCCUUUUAGAAACACACCCGCGCCUGUUUCGCAUCAAGAAUGUGGACGACAUGUUCCUAUACCCCGGAGUUCAAGGUUCAUCCAAUGGGAGCUUAACAGUGAACAAAGUUUCGUUCAUACCAGAGCAGUUCCUCUUAUGGAUUCUAUACAUUGACGCUAGCUCUCGUCCAACGGGACUAACAGAGUCACUUAACGAAUAUGUCGCCCAAUCCGGGAAUCCUGCGUUACAGCCAGAUCAUCUCCACCGCUGUGCUCGUCUCUGGGGCCGCUGCUUUUGGGGCGAGCAGUACCCCGAUGAGGAGAUCUUGGAUGAUAUUGAAAAUUACCGAGCCUUGGAGUUGUUACAUGCUGGAUUUUGCUUACGCCAUAAAACUUGGAAAGUCCUGGUGGAGUCAGCGGCUGGUACCGUUGAUUCGAAGGAGCCCCUCCUUCGUGAGAUUCUUUCAAUACGAGAGAAAUUCUCCGAUCUCUUUAUCACAGCAAGGUUUGCGGGAAGUGUCUCCGCUAGACGUACUCUCAACACCAUCUACAUGGCCGUUUGUACAUUCUAUGCGCAGGUCCUGCUUUAUCGUCGCCUGCUCUGUGUCGACUCUCCUCCUACAGUUUCCGAUCACCAAGCUACUGCCGCAAUCAUAGACAUCUCACAAAAGCAAUACAUUUCCGACCCCAAGCUCUUGAGGAGACUGCAUUGGCCGUUGCUGAUGGCAGUGGUUGAGACUGGCGAUCUUACACACCAAGCAUGGCUCCGGCAACGUCUUUGGGAGCUUCGCGAUUUCCACUCCGAAUUUGUUUGGGCGCAUGAGAUUGCCGAAGAAAUUCUCGCCCAGCAAGACGUGAGCCAGGGACGAUACGUCAACUUGGCAGAAUUGCUAUUGCAGCGUAUCCAUGCGACUUGA